CCGCCGCCAUGACUUUCUAUUCCGCUCCUAUUCCCAUGGGGGCCCAAGUAUCAUCGCUUGCCCUACGCCAUCUCACCAUCCGCGGCUCUCACUACUGCUGACGCAACGAGGCACAACACAACGCUCUGGGCUUGACUCUGGUCACCUGCGCAACUCAGCUUCCCCUUACCAAAGCAAUCACGGUCCCCUUCGCCAUUGGCAGCCAUCUCACCCACUGGAGCCACACGACAAGCGUCUUCCCCCUAUCGUCUGCGUUCCGUCAGCCCUAAACACGCGUCCACCCAGGCUGGACCCAGCCGCCUGGUCAGCAUUGCCAGAUCUGGGUCUGACGCUGCGUCUGGCCCCCAGCCCGUCUGACAUAUCGGCCUGAUUCCGCUAUAUCAUCCCGCGAGGCCCCCCCUGUGCCAAGCAAUCCGUCCUGCCGUCCGUCUAUAUCACGCCCACACGGGGGCAGGCAAGUCGACAAAAUGCAGCGCCUUGACGCAUCAUCUAUUGGCCAGCUCCCCACCGAGAUCCUCAUCCACAUCCUCGCCCACUUCCCCACGCGGCAGCUCCUGAGCCUGGCGACACUCAGCCGCCGCUUCUAUGACCUGGUAGGGCGACUACACUACUCACGCCUCCUCGAAGCUUCCCGGCUCGACGACCACGUCAUGGUGCUGGAGUGCUACCACCCGAGCGUCAAGAUCUCCACCCCCACCCUGUACUGCGAGUAUCUCGGCACCGAUGGUAUCCAAGAGGCCGGCAAGGGCGUCCAUCUUGCCAGCCUGCACAGUUUGUACUCACGUUUUAGACCCAGCGGCUCCGCGGACACGGGCAGGGGGCCGCCCCCCAUCGCCGGCAGGAACAUCUACGGCGGCCCUUCAGACAGCACCGGCCUGGCCCACGACCUCUUUCUCGACUCUGGCGAGCUCUUCUCCCAGCUGUGCACCCAGGCCAGCAUCAUCAAGGUCGAUCCCAGCCGGGGCCUGUUCCUCAGCAUCUCGAGCAUCACUGAGGGCGUCAUCCGCGUGUGGCGGAAGUGGUUGCAGAUCCAGUCGCGAGUAUCAGACCUGGCGGCGUCGUCUCCGACACGGCAGGGUCUCGAGAAGGGGGGGUCCAAACCGUCACCCGUGGGGGAAAGCCCCGCCGGUAGCACAGGCCACUCCGUCAUCUUGUGGACCGACGUCCUCACCGAGAAUGUCGGCCUCAAGUUCCGCGUCGUCGAGAAGACGAUCGAAAACCCGCCGUUGCUCGUCGGGCCCAACGACGAGCCGCCCGUCGCUUACACGUUACAAUAUGAAGAGCUUCUGGUCAGGACCAAUGCUUUGCUGCUGAGCCUGGAGAGAUCUCUGGCCCAGCAGGUCACACACGCAGGUAAAGCCGUAGUCAUCGCCUCCAUGUGAGGGGUUUUGCUUUGCUUUUUCUUUUUGCAAUUCCAUGUCUGCACUGCCACCCACUUCUGCCAUCUGCGCGAAAGCAAUACUCCAACGAGUAAUGUAGCUCCAGGACGGGCGGUGUUGUAUCUAUCUAUGUUUAUUCUCUUACGUGUUUCUGCGCACUU